GUGUUCAGUCGACAAACGUAGCUUGGCCGCGACACUUGGGGUAAGCGGAACGGUUGAGAGAUAGCUGAAAAACGGUGCGCGGAGCCGCCAAACUUGGUAGUCAGUCGCUAGUCGGCGAAAAGCAAAGAAAAAUACAAGUAAAAAAAGCAAAGGAAAAUUGCAACACACUACCAAGCGCUCGCUCUCAAGGAGAAGUUGUUUAGAAGAGCCGUUGAAUGCACAUUAGCAACGUCAGACAGAACGAGAGAGCGGAGCUUUAAAGAGAGCGAACACACACACACGUACACGCACACGCACACACAUAUCUAGCAAGAUGGCGGCCGUUGAAGUGCGCAAUGGUUAUAAGUAUUAUGGCUCCAAAUCGAAUCCCAAGAUUGUGCUCAACCAGCUCAAUAUGAACGUCAUGCGUGGCUCCAUCUACGGCCUGUUGGGUGCCUCGGGCUGCGGCAAGACCACGUUGCUCUCCUGCAUUGUUGGCCAGCGGCGCCUAAAUGGCGGCGAAGUCUCGGUGCUUGGCGUGAAACCAGGCGAACCUGGGAGCGGAGUGCCUGGGAGUCGAGUGGGUUUCAUGCCACAGGAAAUUGCACUGGUCGAGGAGAUGACGGUGAAGGAAACGAUCUUUUACUUUGGUCGCAUCUAUGGACUCACAGAUGAGAAAAUACGCGAAAAGUAUAAGCUGCUCAAGGAACUGCUUCAGUUGCCGCCACCUCGACAAAUGAUCAAGGAAUGCAGCGGAGGACAACAGCGACGUUUGUCCUUCGCCUGCGCCAUGAUCCACGAUCCCGAGCUGUUGAUCCUCGACGAACCAACUGUCGGACUCGAUCCCAUGUUGCGUGAAAAAAUCUGGGACUUUCUGGUCGAGACAACUAGAAAUAGCAAAUUGGCUGUGAUUAUUACCACACAUUACAUUGAGGAGGCCAAGCAGGCGAAUUGCAUUGGACUUAUGCGCAAUGGUGUUCUGCUGGCCGAGGACACGCCCACCAAUAUUAUGAUCAAAUUCGGCACACAGUCCAUUGAGGACGCCUUUCUCAUACUCAGCCAGCGGCAGGGCAACGAGGAUGAGCUGCCACAGCUAAUGGACAUCAAUAGGAAUCAAGCAGUGCCCACAGCAAUGCUUCCCACUGAAGUCAUCGAUUCGCAUGAACCAACAGCGGCUGAGAAGUCCCCGAUACCAUUCGAGGAGCCAAUGAACGAGAAUCGCAAAAAGGUUUUCUUUACGACCAAAGGACGCAUAAAGGCGCUGAUGACAAAGAAUUUUGUGCAAUUGUUUAGGCAACCCUCUGGCAUCAUUUUCAUGUUGCUGUUUCCCAUCAUUCAACUGACCUGUUUUUAUUUGGCCAUUGGCAAGACACCCAGAAAUCUCGGCCUGGGCGUCUACUCGGGUGAAGUGGACAGCUAUGCUGAGUGUUUCGAUGACAAUCUAAGGACACUUUAUCAAGCCAAUGAUACCUGCCAUUUCAAUAAGCUCUCCUGUCGCUACAUAAGAGAACUUGGCGAUGAUAUUGCUAUACGAAAAUAUUACGACACUGAAGACGCUGCCUUGGCGGAUGCUAAGCGCACUGUCACCGUGGGCUACAUUCAUUUUGCAAAGAACUUCAGCGAAUCUGUGUCCGAACUAAUUGAGGAUGGCAUCCAUGCCAGCGACGGAUCGGUGGAUAAUGCCGAGCUAACUGUGCACAUCGAUAUGACGGAUCAACAAGUUGCCUACUUUAUGCAGCGCAAGUUGCGCGAUAAAUUCAGCAGCUUCAUGAAUAAAGUCGUCGAGGAAUGCAAUGUGAGUGCAGCUUUGGUUCGAUUGCCUGUUCAGUUCCAGGAUCCCAUCUAUGGCAGCACAGAAAUUGAGUUUCAGCAGUAUUGCGCACCAGGCGUUGUAAUGACCAUGGUCUUCUUCUUGGCCACUUUGAUGACCGCUGCUGUGUUCAUCUCGGAGCGCAUGGAUGGCAUUUGGGAUCGUACUUUGUUGGCGGGUGUUUCAGCCACCGAAAUGCUCUGGGCUCAUCUCUUAACCCAAUUGAUUAUCAUGUCACUGCAAUCGUUUGAGGUCAUCAUGUACAUUGGUCUCGUCUUCGAUACGUACAACAAUGGAGAUACGACAACAUUGAUUGGUUUACUAACGCUUACAGCCUUCUGUGGCAUGUUGUUUGGUCUCUUCAUCUCAGUUUUCUGCAAAUCCCACACGGAAGCAAACUUUGUGGCAACGGGCGCAUUCUACCCCAUGAUUAUACUCUGCGGUCUGCUGUGGCCCCUCGAGAGCAUGCCAGGAUUCCUGCAGGAUCUGGUCAUGGUUCUGCCCUUCACCAUACCCUCCAUAUCGGCGCGAAAUGUCAUCGAGAAGGGCUGGAGCAUUACCAACGAGAAGGUCUACAACGGAUUCCUCGUGAUGAGCGCCUGGACCAUAAUCUUCUUUGUGCUAUGUCUGAUAGGCAUUAGGCGCAAGUCGUAGUGAUCUUCACAUCAGCAGAUUACUAGGAAUCGUAGUGUAUUAGAAUUUCCCAAUAGGCGAUUUUAUCUAUGUAUAUUUGUCAUAGUAUCUAUAUAAUUUAAUUAUUAUCGGAAGCAUAUCACUCGCAUGUCGCAGACUCUCUCAUCAAUCGCAUCAAUACAUUAUGUUAGCCAGACUGCAUUCAGUUGAUAUCCGCGUGAUCCUUAACAGGUUGUAAUAAAAUGUCCUCGGUUCUCAACUUGAUGUUAGGCUGCACUAAAAAUCACAUAAGGUCUAAAGGGUGUCUCACAGAUAUUUAUAAUACACACAGCAAUAAGCAUUCGCAUUCAUCGAACGAUAAACAAUUCGUUUAAAUUUUAAAUUUACAUAAUAAAGACUUUCCCAGAUCGUGUACUAUAUUA